AUGCAAGUCUCACUCCAUCUCCACACCACCCAAACCCCCUGUAGACUUCAAACUCAGCCCAAACUACACACACAAAGAGUAAAUGAUUACACCAACUCACCAUCUUUUACAUGCAAAAUUCUCAUCAACCCAUCAAAGAGAACAACACCUCCCCCUAAAUUUACAAAACCAUCACCGCCACCGCCACCGCCACCGCCACCGCUGUCGCCGCCACCGAAACCAACACACACUUCAGAGCUCAACCCAAUUCAAAAACUAGCAGCCUCAGCUUUGGACAUGCUGGAGAAGAAAUUUAUCAUGGAAUUAGAAAAGACACAUAAGCGCAACCGGACAAUUGACCCGGAGGUUCAGCUAGAGGGCAAUUUCGCACCGGUUAAAGAGUGCCCGGUUCAGCACGGCCUUGAAGUGGUGGGUCAGAUUCCGGGAAGUCUCCGUGGGGUCUACGUCAGAAAUGGGGCCAACCCAAUGUUUCCACCAGGCAAUGGCUACCACCUAUUUGACGGAGACGGCAUGAUUCACGCCGUUACAUUGGCUGCCGGAAACCAAGCCAGCUAUUCUUGCCGAUUCACUAGAACCAGCCGGUUCGUCCAAGAAGCCGCAUUAGGAAGGCCGCUUUUUCCCAAACCGAUUGGCGAGUUAUAUGGCCACUCGGGUUUGGCUCGGCUCGUUUUGUUCUAUGCUCGUGCCAUGAUCGGCUUACUCGAUCUAUCUCAUGGCACCGGCGUGGCUAACGCCGGUUUGGUUUAUUUUAACGGCCGUUUACUUGCCAUGUCGGAGGAUGAUCUUCCGUACAAUGUCCGCAUCACGGACGAUGGGGAUCUGGAAACGAUCGAACGGUUCAACUUCAAUGAUCAAAUUGGUUGUCCGUUGAUCGCUCACCCUAAGGUGGACCCCACCACAGGGAAACUUUAUACAAUGAGCUACAACGUUGUGAAAAGACCUUACCUUAAAUUCUUCAAGUUUGACACUUGUGGUAAUAAGUCACGUGAUAUAUCUAUUUCCCUCCAACAACCAACAAUGAUUCAUGACUUUGCCAUAACGGAAAACCAUGUGAUCAUUCCGGAUCACCAAGUGGUAUUCAAGUUAUCGGAGAUGAUCCGAGGUGGGUCACCCGUGAUCCAUGAUCCGAAUAAAGUGUCCCGGUUUGGAGUUUUGGGUAACAACGAUACCGAUGAAUCUUCGAUUCAAUGGAUUGACAUACCAAAUUGCUUUUGCUUUCAUUUAUGGAAUGCAUGGGAGGAAUAUAAUGAGGAUGGUGAUCUUACCAUCGUUGUUAUCGGCUCAUGCAUGACUCCACCGGAUUCAAUUUUCAAGGAGAAUUGCGAAUUUCUAUGUAUUGAAUUAUCCGAAAUCCGAUUAAACCUAAAAACCGGAGGGGCAACCCGACAAGUCAUUGUCUCCGGCAUGAACCUUGAAGCCGGGCAGGUGAACAAGCGAAGACUUGGGCGAAAGACCCGAUACGUGUACAUGGCCAUAGCUGAGCCUUGGCCGAGGUGUAGUGGCAUCGCAAAGGUCGAUUUGGUUACUAGAGAAGUGACCAAAUUUUUGUAUGGUGACCAAAAGUUUGGCGGCGAGCCAUGCUUCGUGCCCGACAAGAAAAAAGGAGGAGGAGAAGGGGAAGAAGAUGAAGGAUAUGUUAUGAGUUUUGUGAGAGAUGAGAGGAGAGAGAUGUCUGAGUUGGUGAUAGUGAAAGCUUCCAAUAUGAAGCAAGUGGCCUCAGUGAGGUUACCCACUAGAGUGCCCUAUGGUUUUCAUGGUACAUUUGUUAGCUCACAAGAUUUAAUUGAACAGAUUUUCUUUUUGUACACUGAUGAAGACAUUCAAAUAGCCAAAAAGAGGAAGAAAGAUUCUUUGAAAUUAAUUAAACAAGCUAGCAGGCUUAACUAG